UUUAUUUAUUUAUUUAUUUAUUAUACACAUUUAUAUUCAAAUGACCGCAAACAAACGAAAGCAAAUCGAAUCAUCUUCAUCUGAAGAAGAGUAUGAAGUUGAACACAUUGAGUCUCAUCGUAUUGUUCAUCAAGGAUCAAAAAGAAAGCCAACUCUUCAAUAUCUAAUCAAAUGGAAGAACUAUUCUGCAAAGGACAACACUUGGGAACCUAGCGAUGCAGUAGCUAAUGCUCCUGAUUUAAUCGAUGAAUACUGGGCAACUAGAGGUGGGGAACAAAAACGUGAGGAAGUUUUUAAACAGUUAGAAGGAAAAUCAAAAAAGACCACUAAAGUAAAAGCUGAUCGUCAUUCUCCCACUAAAAGAAGUAGAACAACUAGACAACGUGAAAUUAAAUCAGAAGAAGAGGAGGAAGAAGAAGAAGAAGGAGAAAUAAAGGAAUCACAAGAAGAAAAGGAAUCCCAAGAAGAGAGUUUAGAAGAGGAAAAAGAAAAAAAAGUUGACGAUUAUUAUGAAAGUGACGAAGAAUUAGAUUACUCUGAAACUGAAAUUGAAAAUGAAAGUUUCAGACUUAAAGGCAAUUGGGAUAAUAUUAAAAAGAUUGAGCAUGUUAGACCCUUUAGUGAUGAUGACAAGACAUUAUAUGCUAUUGCUCGAUGGUCUGAUGGUAAAAUAGCUAAAUACAAGACAUCUGUUAUUGCAAAGAGAUGCCCUAUGAAGCUGAUUGAAUUCUAUGAAAAGAGAUUAAUAUUUGAAAAUAACAAGAAAAAAUAACUAUACACCAUUGCUUUAUUAUUAAAGUCUCUGUUACUUUAUGAUAUUUAUCAAAUAAUAAUAAAACUGAAUAAAUCAUACUAUUUUAUAGUGGGCUCUUAAAGAGUAUAUUUAAUGUUAAAGAUAGACUGAAGUAG